AUGUUUUCAUUCUGGAUUCUCCAUGGCUUUUCCAACAAUAUUCUACCAUGUAGUCUGAUAAUCCAACUUCUUCGUCUUCUUCCGAGUCUGCAAAGCAUUUCGUUCUAUUUCCGAUUCGAAGUAGCAAAUAUCAUCCUUCCCUGUUUGAAGGCAUCACCUCACGAAUCUGAUGUGGACGACCAGGGAGACAUGGGCGGAACCAACCCUGAUCCCGCAAUCUACAACUCAUCUCUAGCUUUUCCCGUGAACGCGUUCGACCAGUGCGUUUAUAUGGGUUGCUUGGCAUACAUGGAUACUCGAGUACUACUGUGCACCGUUCAUGAAAUCGAUAACGUUCAACGGUCACAUGUGAUACAUGGUAUAGUUGCUCAGGAUGUAUAUUUUCAUUCUGGAUUCUCCAUGGCUUUUUUCAACAAUAUUCUACCAUAUAAAAUACGCACCACCGGUCGCAGUUUUUGGACGGAGUAA